AUGACCGACUGGCCGUUAGCUAUAGCCGAGAGUUUUCACUCGUUCAUAACCGACCCCAAUGUGUCAGACCCCUUAACACUACUCAACCAGUUGAAAGUCAAGGUUUGUCAUUGUAGUACCUAAUUUGUUUGGAUGUUUUAUUUUAAUUUUCAAUGUCAUUUACAUUGUUUUAGUCGUCUUUACUGUCCACAGACUUGUUGGACCUGUACUUUCCUAUGCAACCGACGUUGAUGACCGUCUUGAUAAUCUACUUCAUCCUUUUCGUUUUUCUCACAAUAGCAGUUUUUGGUACCGCGUUUUAUGUCAUUUCAAAACGCACAAAAGAUCGAUUAUAUGAUGUGACAGUAAGAUUCCUUUACUUAUUUUUAAUAUUUGUUUAAAUUGGAAUUACUUUAUAAGUAUUGUCUUAUCUUAUAUGCUGGUUAUCUAAUUAGUUAUUUUAAGAAGAAGUACGCCAGCGAAUCUCAAGUCAGCUCCAAUGUGAUAGUAUUAGGAGUAUCAUGGGUCGUUUUGUUGAUCACCACCGUAUAUGUGGUCGCAUUCACGGCUUCCAUGGCCAACAACUACAUGAACUCAGGAGAAUUGGCCGUUUUCAAAGAAAACAACGUAAGUUACUUCAAAAGAAACAAUCACCUAAACUUAUACAUCCUUUGACUGAUAAAAUAUUGUUUUAAUCAAUUGUAUUAACUGUAGACCACGACGAGCGACAAAUUUGUUGAAAUCUCAUUGAACUCCAUCUCAAUCAUCAACCGCAAACUGCGUCAGCUCAACAAGUUUGGAGAGACCGACAUCCUGAACAAGUACAACAACUUGAGAGAGAUGGGCUACGAGUACAAAGUGAUGGAACCCCCUCUCGGCUUCUUCUUGCAAACAAUUGUUAUUGGAGCGAUUGCCUUCUGUUCUCCGUUGUUUCUGAUCUUGACCAUGAUCUUGAUGAUUGUGUGGGCGAAAGACAUCUUCAGAACUACAUCUCAGUCGUCUUCCAACAUCAUGUGGUUCAAACGAGCUUCUAAAGUAAUCUCGGUAGCUCUUACCUUAUUCGCCUUGUUCUCUAUCUUCUUCUCCAUCGUGUUGAUGGUUUACAGUCAGGUCCACAGAAUUAUCUGCCCGUACGCCCAGCUUCAAGUAAGUCGGACACCAAUGCCUAACGUUAUGAUAAUAGCUUGCUCUAAAUAAGCUGUAUAGUAUAUUCUUAUUUAUAUUAUUUAAUAUUUUUAGCUCCAAAACGCUGAUAUCGAAGAGUACGUUAACAGCAACUUCGCCUUCUUUGAUCCACAGAAUCUGAUGUACUUCUUGAACGACCUGGCCUCGGAAAGAGCGGAGAUUAACGACUCCAACUGUAAAACAUUCAUCAGACCAAUGGAGGUAUGAUCUUGCUAAAAAAUUCUGGUUUCUUUAUUAAAAAAUGACAAAACGCCAGAUUGUUUAGAGUCAAGUCUGCCUCUCUUCUUUUGAAAGAGGCUUGACCAUCCUUGAAAUGUGAUAACAAAUGCAGAUUUUAUAAUGCGCAUGCACCAAAUGCAACCAUUAAUAAUUGUUAAAAUUAUAUUUCAUAUAUAGGUCGUUUUAAUAAAAACAUCUUUGUAGGGAUUAUGGUUCUGUUCUGGUGUAAUUGGGUUUGUCUCCGUACUAAUGGGAGUAAUGUUGUGGAAGAUGUUCAAUCAGCUUGGCCAAGGGCGGCCGAAGAUCCACAUGUCGCAGAAAGAAACGUUUGGAACGUUGACUAAGAAGCCGUUAACCUCAGUCUUCUCCCCCAUGGCUACCUUUAGAUAA